CUCAGAAGAAGCAAUCAGGCGGGUAAAUCGACGGCGAGAUAUUAAGGUUGUUGUUAUCAAGAUCGUAGUAGCCUGCGGCUGGAAAAAAGAAACUUCGACCCUCUGAACUCGGGGUUAUCGCCAAAAUCUCCAUCCCGUUAUCAACAAAUGUCUUAUCAAGCGGUCAGUGUUAUGAGAAAUUGAAAGAAACCAUCGAGCCAAUAAAACUUUAGCCAAAAUCUUUUGAGCUGUGUAAUCACAGUUUCGGGUUUCAAACGCAGACGGCCCUCCUAUGUUUUUGUUAAGAAACAAUGCGACUUCCGGUGCGCUGAGCUGUCAGUAACAAAGCUGAGUGUCACUUAUUGUAAACCUGAGACGAGUGGCGUCUUCUCUCACAGGGGGAGGGAGUAUUCAAUACUCGUGGGUAAAGAAGUGAUCUCUGGAGAUGCAAAAACGAAAAAUAACCAACAAAGAAGGAAACAUUGACAACGGAAGAUGUUGGAGACGGAUUUAAAAGGCUGAAUUUCUGAUAAAUCAGCAAGAAUGGAGAAAGCAAGACAAAAAAUGUGAUAGCCGUUAGCACACCAUCACCCCCCCAGAAUUUCAGUGCUACGUGAUGUCCCAGUCAGCAGAAACAGGGAUGGAAGAAGUACACGGAAACCCCACAUAACACGAAACUAUCCGUCACCAUUACCGCACAGACUGGCCAAAUUUCCGUCCCUUUUCUCUCUUCUGUCCCAAACUUUGCCACAUUGCAAAACAGACUUACACAAACAUACAGCUCGAUAUUUAUCACACAGCUGCAUAUCAAGUAAGUCUUGUUUACAUGUAAUUGUCAUUGUAUCGUGUAUUUUGGUCCCCGCGGAGUAUUCACGUUUCAAAGGUCUCUCGAAGCUUUUGCCGGCAUUUUCAGCUGCGUACCGUGCGCGUGACCACAGUAUUACUAUUCCGUCAUAAACUCAUUUCUGGAAAGCCCCAGAAAACUCGAUGAUUUUGCACCAUAGAGAAAACCCACGCUUUAAAUCUCGCUUCCUAACGACAACUGUUACGUAGCUCGCAAAAAUAGAACUCCACAAUGGCGCCUUUCAUCAAUGAACUAUUGUUUGUCCAAAUACGCCAACUGAUUGGUUUGUUCAUACAGUUGGUAUGACGACCAAAUCUCGGGGCUAAUCAUUACGUCACGUCCCACCCGAAAACCAGGCCCCCCGCGAUGAGUGGAAAUAAUAGCCCGUAAUAUAUGUGUAUAUAUUUCCCGAUACUGACCUUAGAGAGCUUCAUAACAGUUCUGAGUUGUUACGGCGCUAGCCCAUCACUAUUUGAUGUGUCAAAGGCAUUCUGUACUGAGCACACCACGUUAGGCAAUCAACAACACUGGCAAUGGAAAGAAAGAAUAAUAAUUGUGUGGUGCACGUGAGGCAAGAUUCUGAUAACGACCUAGAGGCGCUUUUCCAUGUCAUCAGCAAGAACUCAGUGGCGAAGACGCAUCCUGAGCCAGCAUCUUCACAAUCAUUACCAAUGCGAUUAAGAAAGCUUCCUCCGUCGUUUUUUAAGCAACCUCCAAUCGACGGUAGCUUAUCACCAGAUCAGGACGUCCCAAAAAGGCUUCCAAUCUCUCAUUCGCACUCGCGUUCAUCGCCAGCGUCGCUCACAGUUCCUACGACUCUGAAAGGCCCGCCAAACCACUCCUUGAGUCCUGGCGUUCACCAUCAAAGAUCAACCUCUUUCGAUAACACAGCGUUGCUUGAGGAGCCUACUCCUAUGCCGCCUGGGUGGGAAAUGAGAACGACGGCGAGUGGCCAAAGAUACUUCAUGAAGUAAGACGAAAAUGUGUUAGCAUCCCUUAAUGCCAGUGGUUUAAUGAAUUGUAAAUGUCUUAACACAACUUCAGUUAAAUUACGACAUUUAAAUAUUAAAACGCACGCACGCCACACAAAGUCAAGAAUAGUAAAUUCCGUACAAUAAUUUUACUACGCUGGAAGUGUUAACGGUCUCAUGAAGACAUAAUGAUUCUCUAGCAUAAAAUUUCAUUGAAUUCGGGUUUUUAUUGUGUUUCUUAAAACCAUUAACUAAACCUGUUUCCUUAUAUAUGUACGUGUCUUUGGUGCUCAAUAUGGCGGGUAGCCAAAAUCGGAUGUAACACAGUAAAUACGCUGUUUCAACUAUAGUGAAACUAAUCACGCUUUUGUUCUCUCUCGCAGUCACUUCGAACAGCUAACAACAUGGCAAGACCCAAGAAAAACACAGUCAACUUCAAAUCUGAACAGCGUACAGCCUGUCGGCAAUUUGCCCGAUGGAUGGGAACAGGCGAUAACACCAGAAGGUGAUAUUUACUAUAUCAACCACAUCGAAAGGACAACCAGCUGGAUCGACCCGCGACUCGCGAUGCACUGUAGAAAUCAGGAGAAUAUGCGCGGUUCGACCUUGCCUCCGGAUUUUAAUCGCCAAGGCCAUCGAACCCUUCAGCUUCAUCGUCUCCAAAGAGAGCGUGAGCAACUUUUGAAACGGCAGCAGGAACUCUUGAAGCAAGAGAUCAAAUUGAAACGUGAUAUUCUAGAGGAAGGUGGGAAACCGUCGCUGCUCGGAAACUUGACGCGAGAAUUUAGCGCGCAAGAUCCCCCUGUAACGAACGGAGGACAUAUCAGAGACGAAUCAUUUGAUUCUGGGCUCGGAAUGGGAGGUGGUAAUUACCAGUUCCACGACGUCGAUAUGAACGAUUCGCAACCGAUGUUUGACGCGAAUUACAACUCGAAGGACACUUCUUUUCGCGCCGAUCCUAGGAUACCCGAGAUCCUCGAUAGCUUGCCUGGCACUAAUGUCGACUUAGGUGUGAUGGAAGGAACAGAUAAUUCCACCAACAUGGAAACUGAAGAUCUUGGGGUUGGACUGGAGUUCAAUUCGGAGAUCUUAAACGAUAUGGAAUCCGUGCUAAUAUCGCCGACCUUGACUUGGCUUUGAGCUUGUUAAGAUUUCAUUAAAGCGCAACGUAAUAGUUUUUAUAGAAAGGAUUUUUCAAUGACAUUAGAAUAUUCUCAACGGAGUGAAAAGUAAGUACAAGGCGCUCGUUAGCGAUCAAACCACUUCCCUUUUUUACAUCUUCAUACGCGUAAAUAUUAAGAUUAAGAUUGUAACUUACUUCUAUAAGAGAACUUGUUUCGCAACGAAACUACAAAGUUCGGCUUUAGAGUCGAAAUAGGAAGGCUUUAUCGUAUUGUUCUAGAGGAAAACACAAUUGAAAGUCGGUAUAAUUUUUUGCGGUGAGAGUAUAAUAGUUUUUUGAUUUAAUUGCUUGUAAAUAAGAGUUAGAGAUUAAUACGGGUUUUCAUAAUAGCGUCAAAUGUUUGCGUCUCCGCAAAAUUGCUUUUUUCAGCUUUCAAUAGUUAGCUGUCGUUACUCAUUUGGCGUUUUGAUUUUGCGUCGUAUCCGAGUAUCGUGUGAAAAAAUUGGAUACGUUUCCAACUCCACCCACGAGAUCGACUUUUGUUCUUAGAGAAUGACAAAACAUCAACCCUGAUUAAUCGUGAGCGAGUCCUGAACUCUAUCAUUUUAUCCGCAUAAAAAUCAGCACUUGGUAGGCAUUAGGCACGCUAGGUGUAAUCUUAGCUAGUCUCUCCACAACUCGGGCGAGAUUCAAGAUCGGUUUACACAUCAAUGCUGGCUUUCUGUGUUUCGCAAAAUUGUUAUGGUUCAUUAAGCAGCAUACGGCAUAAUUUUGGUAAUUAGGGUAGCUUUCUUGACUCUGUAUCCAAAAACUUGAUUAUUUUUGCUACGAAAGGAUCUAAUUUUUUAGAUACAGUAUUUAAUGCGGUUUCAUUGCAUAGCUUUAUACGGCUUUCCACGCGCGUUUGUGA